AAUCCCUCAACCGUGACCUGCACCUCAUCAAGCACUUAUCUCGUAACUACUGCCCCAUUUUCCCUCUGACCAGACGAGUCUGAGCCCAUCCUGACGAAUACCUGAAAGCUAACUGUAGCGACAACAGAUAUCCAAGAUGUCCGGAAUACCCAACUGGGUAGAGCAGGCGCAGCAUGCAAUUCUCGUGUCGCCGGACAGGAGCCCCAGAGAUCAAGACGCUCGUCCGAGACAUGCUAGCCGCCGCAGAUCCAGCCAGCAGCGACACAGAGGUAACACAUCAACAUCUCGACCACCCUCGCGACCACCCUCGCGACCACCCUCGCGACCCUCCUCCAGCUCUCCCCGGCCUCCCCCUCGCGCUGUUCGGCAGUACUCACGGGGAAAACCAGCCCCAUAUGCAUCCUUCGCCCCUCCCUCACAACCAGUCUUCAUUUCCAGGGAGUGGAAGUGUGCCAGGACCGCUGCCAUUCGCGUCAAAGAUGUGCCUCCUGGAGCUAAACUUCAGGUCCUCCACGAUCUCUUCUCUGAGUAUGGUCACAUCAGUUACAUUGAACUUGAUGAGGACCGUCCAGACAUUUCUGAUCGUGGCCGGAGGGCUCUGGUUCGUUUUGAACCACCUCCGCUCUCUACGGACUUCCUCUGUCGAGGCGUCUGCAAACUCAGAAUUGAACUUGUUGAUCACUGGCUGCCUCUCGAGACAGUAGAUCCAAAGCGCGAAGAUCGCAAGGAACGCACCAUCAAGACUCAACUCGGCAACACUUGCCCGCAAACCCUAUACGUCUUUUCUUCAACAUUGUCCUUCGGCGUCUUAGUCCAGCCUGCAGUAUUCAUGAGGAAACAAUCAGUUCAAACCCUUUCGUCGGACUCAUUGUUGAGACUUGAGUUUGACUUCAAGCGCAUGCGACUGGUGAUCAAAUUCUCCCUCCAUUAUCAACGCGAAUCUAGUGGGUUUCGCAGACAGAAUGAACACUACAAGCUCCACAUCAAGUUUGGAGUCAUCAAGGAGCUAUGCAGAACCAUGGUUGGUGAGGAGCAUCGUCAAGCUUUGGUCAUGACUCUCCGAGAUCCGCCCGUUGCGUACAGGAAGAAGGAUGUGUCGAAGACUUUUGGCGAGGAUCGGCUGACUUGGAGUGAGAACGACCUGUGGGAGAGAGUGGUUGAUAUCAGCCCUGGACUGGAUGUUAGCAGAAAUCCAGUAUCACUCGCCGAGAACCACCAGUACAUCGACCUGGGGCGGUGGCUUACUUACUGGAUUGAGCUGGAUCAACAAUCAACACGAGUCUGGGACCAAGUUCAACAGCAUUUGCUCGAUUGGAAUCUCAGGACUAAGUUGACUGUCUUUCCCGAGCCGCUUCCCAACAAAAAGCCAAAGGUAUGGGACCUUCUUGAUGAUCGAUACGGUCAUUCUAUCCAACAUGUCCCAUCACAGUUAUGGAACAACGACUUUUCUCUUUUGGCCGCACCGCCCCGUAUCUCCCUACCGUUUGACGUUCGGUACCAGCUUGAAGUCUGCAUAUCUCAAGGGAUUAUCAACGAACACAACAUUGACCGACCAUUCCUUGAGAAGUUGAUGGAGUUCUGUGAUAAUGGCAACAGCUUCGGCAAAGACCGUGCUCGCCUUAUCCUCGAAUAUGCUGCCGACCAGUAUGCUGGAAAGCGUAUCUUCGACCCGAUGGAACUCUUCAAGGACAAUGCAGCUUUGACUUAUUUUCCAACCAGUUUCAUGAUACCCAACCAUUGCGCUUGGGUUCGUAGGGUUACUAUCACUCCUACUCGUAUCUACUUCAGUACGCCCUGCGUCGAGCCCACGAACCGCGUCAUCCGUCAGUGGAAAUAUGCACAGGACUACUUUAUCCGCAUCCAAUUCACCGAUGAGGUUCUUGAGGGCCGUAUCAGGAGCGGCGAAGCGGAGCUUCCCCUGUUCUUGCGUGCGUACAGGGUGUUGGAGGAAGGGGUUGCCAUGGGCCCAUGGCAUUGGAAGUUCCUUGCCUUUGGCAACUCUCAGAUUCGAGAAGCCGGAGCCUUCAUGUUCUGUGAGCAGAGCGACUUGACAUGCGACAUGAUGCGAGCCUGGAUGGGCCGCUUUAGUCACAUCAAAGUCAUUGCCAAGUAUGCGGCCAGACUUGGGCAGUGCUUCUCGACUACACGUUUGGUGCCUGGCAUUCCGGCACCGAGGAUCGUCACCAUUCCUGACGUAGAAAAGGACGGGUUUUGCUUCACAGAUGGAGUAGGCAAGAUCUCCCCCCUGCUUGCGAAAAUCGUAGCGCAUGACUGGAGCAUUGAUCCGCCGCCGUCCGCCUACCAGUUCCGCAUGGGAGGUUGCAAGGGAGUCUUGGUAACCUGGCCCGAUGUGAAGGGUAUGGAGGUUCAUAUUCGGAAGUCGCAAGAGAAGUUUGUGGCCGAAUUCAAUGGCCUUGAGGUCAUCAGAUGUUCGCAGUUCUCAACUGCCACCCUGAACCGACAGAUCAUUGCAGUUCUCUCGGCUCUUGGUGUUCCCGAUCAAGUCUUCGCAGACAUGAUGGAACGGCAACUUUCUGACUUCAACGCGGCGAUGGAGGACAAACAAAAGGCGACAUCAAUUCUAAGGACGUUCAUUGACGAAAACCAUAUGACGCCCAUCAUUGCAGAAAUGCUUGCGUACGGUUUCAUGGAGUCCCAGGAGCCUUUUGUUCGCACUCUACUUCAGCUGUGGCGAUCAUGGUCGAUCAAGACGUUGAAGGAGAAAGCGCGACUCAAUGUCGAAAAGAGUGCGUUCGUGCUCGGCUGUGUUGAUGAGACUGGCACCCUGAAAGGGCAUAUGAAGGUCAUCGAAGACUGGAAAGACGUGCCCAACGAGAAGCUUCCACAAAUCUUCCUACAGAUUCCCGAUGAUAUCAAUGGUGGCUACAAAGUCAUUACUGGAACCUGCGUCGUUGGAAGAAAUCCAUCCCUCCACCCUGGUGAUAUCCGAGUCGUGGAGGCAGUUGAUGUUCCUGCUUUGCGGCAUCUUAGGGACGUGGUGGUGUUCCCCUUGACUGGGGACAGAGACGUGCCCAGCAUGUGCUCUGGCGGAGACCUUGAUGGUGAUGACUUCUUUGUUAUUUGGGACCCUCUGCUUAUCCCGAAGGAACGCUCCCAUCCACCGAUGAUCAAUGAGCCUGUUAUGGGCAAGGAGUUGGCGACCGAACCGACCGUCAACAAUUUGAUUACCUUCUUUGUGUUGUACAUGAAGUACAACAAUUUGCCGUUGAUCGCUCAUGCCCAUCUGGCGACAGCAGAUGCGGAGAUGGAGGGAGUAAAGAGUCCCAAAUGUCUUGAGCUCGCUACCCUUCACUCCAUGGCUGUUGACUACGUGAAGACUGGUGUUGCUGCCGAGUUUCCAAGACGGCUGGACCCCAAGACCUGGCCUCAUUUCAUGGAGAAAAACAGAAACACUUAUCACUCCGCAACAGCUCUCGGAAAGCUCUACGAUAUGGUCAAACGGGAAACAUUCGACAUGAAAGAGAACUACGAGCUGCCGUUCGAUAACCGCAUUCUCAAGCAUACAAAGUGCCGCGCUCUUAGGGAUGAGACGCUGACCAAAGCCCGUCGCAUCAAAUCUCAGUACGACACCGCUAUGCGCCGCGUGAUGUGCCAGCUCGAGAUUGCGACCGAGUUCGAAGUCUGGACGGCCUUCGUCAUGUCCAAGCCCCGCGUGGGCUCAGACUACAAACUCCAAGACAACGUCGGUCGCGAGUCUUCUGCCCUCAAACAACAUUUCAAGGAUGCGUGCAAGAAAGAGGCUGGCGGUGAUCUCCUUUCCUUCGUGUCGGCCAUGUACAGAGUCACUUAUGAAGAAGUCCGCAUUGCACUUUUUGAAGCCAAGCAGCCACACGUUAGACCUGACGGCAGUCUCGGAACCAGAAAAAUAACACCAAAGACCAUGCCACUUGUUAGCUUUCCCUGGCUAUUUUGGGACAAGCUCGGUGAGCUUGCCAGGACAGGCGCCAUAUUGCAAAGGAGACUUGACGAUGGAAGUGAGGAUAUGGACCUUUUGAGCGACGUCCAGCUCGUUUCCCAGAAGCGCAGAGGCAGGCACAAUGCAAGUGGUAGCAGUGACUUUAUGGAUGAGCAUGGCGAUCCCCUUUCUUAUACACGCACAAGCGAUGGCAACGUCAUUCACUAUGGCCAGAUCUUGAACCUUUUCAGUCAUGACGACGAGGAUGGUGAUGAGAGGGAUAACGCCCGAGACAGAAACAGCUCCAGCGAGGAAUCUACUCCUGGGUCUAACUCGACAAAGUCCGCCCCCAACCUUAGCCCGGUCGCUGAGGAGGACCUUCUCACUUUCGAAUCCCCUCCAGCUAGUCCUGUCGUCACUCCUCUGUCUCCAGAAGUUGAUCUCCUAGGCCCGACGCCUACGCUCACUAAGGCCGAGCUUGCCAUCGGUCUCUCCGGUCCUGUUGCCACCACCUAUACUCCUCCGCCCAUGGAUGGGGAGACGGUAAUCCGCGGUGGUCACUCCAACCACACCAGUCACCUCAGUGCUUCGUCUUCCUCGCUUGAGCCUCAGCCUAUGGCUAAGGAAACAACUUUGGAGAACAGGGAUCUCCUACUGGAUAUUCACUCUGCUUCUCCCCCUAGGGCGGCUGGCGCUGGAUCUGCCACGGCCUCUGGAAGCGGUGUUCCUGUCAAGGGAAAACCUCCUAUUUUGGUCGAGCAGGUGAUGAGAAUGGGCCACAGGAUUCCAACUCUUCCUCUUGACACGAUCCAUCCUCUUGACACGAUCCAUCCUCUUGACACGAUUGCGAUCCCGAAUGUGGUUGGGGUUUCGCAGUUCGAGAGUCCGCUCACUGGUACCGUUACGGCUUCUGCUAUUGAUGAUCCGUUUAUUUCACCUUCUCCUGCUGUUGCUGCUCCGGCUACAGGUGGUGGUGGUGGUGGUGGUGGUGGUGGCGGUUACGUUGGUGGUACCUGCGGUGCUGGUCCCGUCAACAAGGGGCUGAUUAAGGGCUUAGAUGGGGGGAUGAAGAAGGAGGAAGAUAACGAGGAAAGCGAUGAAGAGGUUGAGGAGGUUGAUCUGGAGGUGGAUUAGGAUCCGCUUUCACUGCGGCUUGCACAGAUGGCGGCACUUUAAUCUCGUUGAUGUCAUCGGUACCACAUUGGUGUUCAGUG